AUUUGGCCCUCCAUCCUGACCGAUUAAGGGGAUGCGGGAUGCAAUCAAUUCGUUCGCCAUUCCAUCUAUUCUCCCCUAUUCCAAAAGUCAACCAGCUUUUGUAUCCAACGUGCCUUCGUAAUGUUUGAGACCUGGCUGUAGCUUUACCUUGUAACCUUAGUUUCCUCCCCGCAAUUCUGUCCGAGGGAACGUACCUGUCUCCCCCCUCCAACUCAACCAUUUGCUCCUUUCUGAGUCGCCUCCAGCGCGUCUUCCCGCUGAACAAUUUUUUUUUUCGCACUCCUGCGUAUUUGCACCUGCCAUCUACCACCCAAGGCCUCACUACACACAAACAUACACGUUUCGCAACCUCGACCUCGCGCCUCGACCUGAAAUCUCCUCGCAAGCCACUUUUUUGAGCCCUUCACGUGGGUCUCUCUUGCGAAAAACUUGCGACUGCACCACACGCGCGCCUUGCGAUCGCGAAGCGGCAUUCGAUAGCCUCCCUCCUUCGACAUAGUCCUCCCGUCCGCGACGAAUUCGCUGCAACCGCCAUCCUGGCUGCCGUUCGAGAGCCUUCUGCGCCUGCUCCGGCAUUGGACAACAUUACAGAGCACGAGCACGAUCACGACCUUCCCUCCUUUCGAGACGUCAUGGAGGAAGCCACGGCUCUGGCCACCCUUGCGUUGCCGCAAACGAACCUCGAGACGAUCUCGCGGCCCAGUUCCACAUCGACGUCGGAAUCCGCAUCCGCAGCCGCAGUUGUAGCCGCGGCCUCGACGGUUCCUCAGUUGCCAGGCAUUUCAGCCCUUGCCCAGGCCAACAACUCUGCGACGAGCUCGCCUCAGAUGCGAGAAGCGAUUCCCGCGCCCGCUCCCGUUGCUGCCUCCACACCGACUCAGGCGCCCGCGCCCGCGCCAGCUCCCGCGCCGACGCCGACUUACGCUUCUGGCGGAGGAUCCACCACGCCAACGUGCCAAAACUGCCAGACCUCAACCACGCCCUUGUGGCGGCGCGAUGAGUAUGGAUCAGUCCUCUGCAAUGCAUGCGGACUGUUCCUCAAGUUGCAUGGUCGUCCGCGUCCCAUCUCGCUCAAGACCGACGUGAUCAAGAGCCGAAACCGCGUGAAGACGAUGCGCCCUGAUCUUGCGUCUAAGAAAAAGCAACAGCAGCAGCAACAACAAGCUCACCAGUUUGGCGCAAACGAUCCGAACGGCCUCGACAUCCAUGGGCAGAACCAGCGCAGACAGUCGCAAAAGUCAAACGGCAAUCCGGACGGCUCUGACUCCCCCGUUUCUCGUACCGCGACUCCUUCUCUAUACAACCCUAGCCUCCCGGUCUUCCAGGGCAUGGAUGAUGCGCAGCUUCAGGCUGGACUGCAGGGCUUCAACGUCUCUGGGUCGGACAACCGCUCGGGCUCUCCCCUGAAUGGUGACCGACACCUCGACGUCCCGCAAACACAUGAGCAGCUCAUUGCCGCCAACUCUGCCCUCAAGACCCGGGUUAGCGAACUAGAGUUGAUCAACGAACUCUUCCGCGGUCGACUCAGCCAAAUGGAGCAAGAUGAAGCGAGCGCGAGAAGAGGGCAGGAAAUCAGCGGCAAGGCAGAAGCCCAGCUGCGAGCUCAGCUCGAAAGCAGUAAGAAGCAAUUGGAUGAGAGCCAUCGCAGAGAAAACAACCUCAAGCGACGUCUCGACGAGAUGGAGCUGGAGCUGAAGGAGGCCAGAGAUGCCCUGGACCUCUCUGACUCUGGCCGCGCAGCAAAAAAGCCUAGGAUUGCCGAAGUGGUUGCCAAUCCAGCCGUUGCUGCGGCCACGAGCGGAGGAGGCGGUGACGGUGGUGGUGGUGGUGGAGAAUCCGAAGUCUCGACUCCUCAAUCCGCCGCCGCGACCUGAGAUGGCACCAUCCGGGGCCCAAAUCACAAUCACCGUCACCUGCGCGAUUUCCACGUACAUCAUCACCACCACCAAAUCCCAACAUCUUGGGACGACGCUUUGCAAAAUUCUCCACGCUUAUACCUAUAAUGCCGCGUGUGUUUUUCCGUGUUUCUUUUCUUGGUUUAUCCCCGGAUAUCCUACGGGAUCCGGGUACGAUGGCUCGGGCUGCUUGCUGCUAGAGGGACAGGCGUUGCGGCCCUGCGGGUCAAGGUAGUCAAAAGUUUUUAUUGUGACAAAAAAUAGAGGCUUUACGGGAUUGAUGACCACACAAACCAUACUCUUAUCCUUCGGAAUUUUUCUCUGUUUUGUUGAUGUGAUGUUCGGUUCCAAGCUG